AUGGCUAACAAGCAGCAGAUCUCUUUCUCAUUGGCCUUUCUUACAGGGGCUAUGAUUCUCCUGGCCAGUCAAGCCACGGCCCGACGUGAACUCCUAGCGGCCGAAGUUGAUGGAGCAUCUAAUCCAACUCUUGAAAUGGUUUUAAACGAGCUGAUCAGUGGUACACAACUCGCAAAGGCCAAGGUUCCCGUCCUUGGGAACAGUCAGAUGGUUAAGGACUGCGAUAAAGCCUACGCAACGUCAUUGGAAAACCUGAACAAGGCCAUGGGUCUCGUGAAGGGCACCGGCGAAGACACCGGAGAUCUCACAGCCACCAUCAUGGCGGCCUUGCAUGCCUACGAUUACUGUGAUUACGUUUUUGCACAAUCCACCAGGCCGUCUCCUUUUAUCCCUAAUAACGCAGACUUGAAAUCUUUGGGUUCCAAGUGCUUGCGAUUAACAUUAAAGCAAGCCACCAAUAAUUAA